AGACCCAGCGGGUCUUCCUUCCUCGCCGCCGGCGCCCUCGGCUCGCCCGGGCAGCCUCCUAAGCGUCCAUAACAAUAACACCAACAGGUCCUUCCUUCCAGUUACGAGCUGCGUGUGCUCUGCACGCAUGCUCAUAAUUAAACAUCCCAGCGACCCUAUCAGCAAAAUUCUGCAGCAUCUCUGGAAUACUACCUGAAAAUUUUGGGGUGCCAUGUCGAAGAAACGCAAAUGGGAUGAUGACUAUGUUCGUUACUGGUUCACCUGUACAACAGAGGUGGAUGGAACUCAACGCCCACAGUGUGUAUUGUGUAACUCGGUAUUUUCAAAUGCUGACCUCAGACCAUCAAAACUGUCUGACCAUUUUAACAGACAGCAUGGUGGUGUCGGUGGGCAUGACCUCAAUAGCCUGAAGCAUAUGCCCACACCAUCUGAUCAGAGCAAAACCUUGAAAGCAUUUGGAGUUGCAUCUCAAGAGGAUGCCUUAUUACAAGCAUCAUAUCAGUUUGCGUAUUUAUGUGCCAAGGAGAAGAAUCCUCAUACGAUAGCCGAAAAAUUAGUGAAACCUUGUGCAUUGGAAAUAGCACAUAUAGUUUUGGGUCCAGAUGCACAAAAGAAGCUUCAGCAAGUCCCGUUAUCAGAUGAUGUGAUCCAUUCUAGAAUUGAUGAAAUGAGCAACGACAUCUUACAGCAAGUUCUAGAAGACAUCCAAGCCAGUCCUCUUCAAGUGGGUAUUCAGCUUGCUGAGACCACGGACAUGGACGACUGCAGCCAGCUAAUGGCAUUUGUGCGAUACAUAAAAGAAAGAGAGAUCAUAGAAGAGUUCCUGUUCUGUGAACCAUUGCAAUUAACAAUGAAGGGAAAAGAUGUGUUCACUCUCUUCAGAGACUUCUUUCUGAAGCAUAAGAUAGCACUUGAAGUGUGUGGCUCUGUUUGCACUGAUGGAGCUUCGUCUAUGCUAGGAGAAAAUUCAGAAUUUGUUGCUUGUGUGAAAAAAGAGGUACCUCACAUUGUGAUCACCCAUUGUCUGUUGAACCCUCACGAACUUGUCACAAAGACAUUACCUACAAAGCUGAGGGAUGCUCUGUUUACUGUUGUGAGGGUAGUAAAUUUCAUCAAAGGGCGAGCUCCGAAUCAUCGCCUGUUUCAGGCUUUUUUUGAAGAGAUCGGAGUAGAGUAUAGCGUCCUCCUUUUCCAUACGGAAAUGAGGUGGCUUUCCCGAGGCCAGAUACUUACUCAUAUUUUUGAAAUGUAUGAAGAAAUAAAUCAGUUUCUUCACCACCAAAGCAGCAAUUUAGUUAAUGGCUUUGAAAAUAAAGAGUUUAAAAUUCACCUAGCAUACCUUGCAGAUUUAUUCAAACACCUGAAUGAACUUAGCGCGUCUAUGCAAAGGACUGGGAUGAACACGGUAUCGGCCAGGGAAAAGUUAUCUGCUUUUGUUAGGAAGUUUCCAUUUUGGCUAAAAAGAAUUGAGAAAAGAAAUUUUACCAACUUUCCUUUUCUUGAAGAAGUAAUUGUUUCAGACGAUGAAGCAGGAAGCAUUGCAGCUGAAAUAACACUGCACCUGCAACUAUUGAACAGCUCCUUCCACAGCUAUUUUUCUGUCGGAGAUCUUGACGAGGCGAGUAAAUGGAUCCUGGACCCAUUUCUUUUUAACCUGGAUUUUGUUGAUGAUGGUUAUUUAAUGAAAAAUGAUCUUGCUGAAUUACGAGCCAGUGGCCAGAUUUUAAUGGAAUUUGAGACAAUGAAGCUUGAGGAUUUCUGGUGUGUUCAGUUCACAGUGUUUCCAAACCUUGCAAAGACAGCUCUAGAAAUCCUUAUACCAUUUGCCUCAACGUACCUUUGUGAACUGGGAUUUUCAUCACUUUUACAUUUUAAAACAAAGUCCAGAAGCUGCUUUAAUAUGAGUGAUGACAUCCGUGUGGCUAUUUCCAAAAAGGUUCCUCGUUUCUCAGACAUCAUUGAACAAAAGCUACAGCGGAAGUCACUGUAAGCUGAUACACUUUUUUAAUGUAUAAUUUUUAAUAUAUUCUUAAUUCCAUUGUAAAAUUAAGCUAUAAUUCUGUCUCUUUCCUUUUAUAUUUAUGGUAUAGCGAAUCCUGUGUUUAAAAAAUUUAGCAUCGCUAACUUUUAAUUUUCACGUGUCAUAUGAAAAUGUUUUAAGAAUAACAAUGAAAGCAGGAGCAAAGAUUUCGUACCACUGCCCAGUUGAUGCAUAGGAUUCUAAGUAUAUGUAACCUUUUAAGGUGAUACAUUAAAAAGACACCCAAGCACUAGAAUAUCCAGCCAAAUAGGGCAGUAUUCUAAGUAAUAAAGCCAAGAGAAAAAGAGAAGACUUCCCAGAACAUGCAUCUCCAUGUUAAGAGUAAAAGUCAAAGGACAAAAUGACAGGCUGAGUCUUCCCAUGUUUUUGAGGAUUAUUAUGGGGAGGAUAAUGAAAUCAGAAGAGAGUUAUGAAAUGUUCUCGUGGGGGAAGGGAUGAUUCUAGUUUAUAUAGGAUUUAUUUUUAAAUGUAUUCUUUGGAGUUAGUCUCACAGUGUCCAUUCCUCUAGCUACCAUGCUCUGAAUAUGACAUUAAUAAAUAUCCUAAUAU